UUUUGGGUUCCAUCAGUUUGCACAGAUGCCGGGUCUAUUCUCGCUAAAAACUCCACCCAAUUCCACGCCAUUGCAUAUCCUGUUUCCACAAAAUGACGGCCGAAGCCCCAAAAAUGGCAUCGUUUCGAGAGCCAAACCCGCCAAAAAGGCGUCAGAGAGACUGCUCGCCAUCGACGAGUCCACUCUCGACAACCCGGAUCUUGGUCCGUUUCUGUUGAAGCUUGCCAGAGAUACAGUCGCUUCCGGGGAUAACGUGAACAAGGCAUUAGAUUAUGCGACCCGGGCGUCCAAGUCGUUUGAGAGGUGUUCGGGUCCGGGUCUGGAACUCGCCAUGAGUUUACACGUUGUGGCUGCGAUUUAUUGCAGUUUGGGCCGGUUUGAGGAAGCCGUUACGGUUCUGGAACGGUCCAUUGAGGUCACCAACGCCGGAAUAGUAUCGGAUCAUGCUCUCGCGACGUUCUCCGGGUAUAUGCAGCUAGGAGACACGUAUUCGAUGAUGGGGCAACUGGACCGGUCCAUUUCGUGUUACGAGUCGGGUUUGACGAUCCAGAUAAAGGCUCUUGGUGGUUCGGAUCCGAGAGUCGCAGAGACUUGCAGGUACCUAGCCGAGGCCCAUGUUCAAGCUAUGCAAUUUGACGAGGCAGAAAACCUUUGUAAGAUGGCCCUUGAUAUCCACAACGAGCAUAGUGCACCAGGAUCUCUUGAAGAAGCGGCAGAUCGCCGGCUCAUGGCUCUUGUCUAUGAGGCAAAAGGAGAAUACGAAUCUGCCCUUGAGCACCUUGUUCUUGCUAGCAUGGCAAUGAUUGCCAAUGCUCAUGACAUUGAGGUUGCCGCUAUUGAUGUAAGCAUAGGCAACAUUUAUAUGUCCCUCUGUCGCUUUGAUGAGGCUAUUUUUUCCUACCAGAAGGCACUUACAGUCUUCAAAUCUACAAAGGGUGUUGAUCACCCUUCCGUUGCAUCAGUCUUUAUUCGCCUUGCGAUUCUGUACAAUAGGACUGGAAAGCUGAGGGAGUCCAAAUCCUACUGUGAGAAUGCCUUGAGGAUAUAUGCAAAACCUGUUCCUGGAACUGCAUCCGAGGAGAUUGCUGGUGGGUUGACCGAAAUCUCUGCCAUUUAUGAAGCUUUGAAUGAGCCUGAUGAGGCACUCAAGCUCUUACAGAAGGCAAUGAAGUUAUUGGAUGACACACCAGGGAAUCGUAGCACAGUCGCUGGAAUAGAAGCACAGAUGGGUGUGAUGUUCUACAUGGUUGGGAGGUAUGACGAGGCACAAAUGUCUUUUAGCAAUGCUGUAGCAAAGCUUCGGGCCAGUGGGGAGAGUAAAUCGGCCUUCUUUAGCAUUGUGUUGAACCAGAUGGGUUUGGCUUGUGUACAGCUGUUCAGAAUAUAUGAGGCUGCUGAAUUAUUUGAAGAAGCAAGGAAAAUAUUAGAACAGGGAUGUGGCUCAUGUCACUUGGAUACACUUGCAGUGUAUAGCAAUCUUGCAGCAACUUAUGAUGCCAUGGGGCGGGUUGAAGAGGCAAUUGAGUUGCUGGAGUACAUAAUAAAAAUAAGACAAGAAAAGCUUGGCACUGCGAAUCCGGACUUUGAUUAUGAGAAGAAAAGAUUAGUUGAGCUCUUGAGAGAAGCUGGAAAGGCUCGACGCAGAAAAGGGAAAUCACUUGAAAAUCUUCUUGAUUCCAGCUCAGAGAAGAUUAAGAAGCAAGUCACUAAGAAAUGGCCUGGUUUUGGUUUUAGAGCUUAAAACACUUGCAAAGAGCAAUAUCAACUCGUCAAUGGAGCAUUGGAGCUUAUGUCCUGUGAUUCUUUCUUUCUUUUUGUCCUUUUAUUUCCUUAAAAAUUAUUAAUUUUUAUUGUUAUAAAUAUGAUUUUGUGUUUUUUGAGCUGUCUAUGGAAUAGCUGAAAUGCCUUA